AUGCGAGAAGAAGAAGACAAGGCCGAGGCCGAGAAGAAGACGAAGUCAGAGGAUACAAACGAGGAGGAGGACAAAGCGUAUAAUUCGAUAAAACGAGACGAAGAAGAAGAGGAAGAAGACGAUGAUGACGAUGAAAGUACGGGUUUGUUGAGCACUUCCCAUCGAAGAGAAGAAGAAGACGACGACGAAGAAAAGAAGGAAGACGAUCAUCAUAAUCUUCGUCGCGACCACCACCAAAACCAAACCGCAUCAUCAUCAAUCAGCGCGACGCGGCAUAUUUAUCCGAACGUUUUGGAAGACGGCGAUGGAGAGAACGAGAAUUGUGCGGUCGGUGUGCCGGUUUUAGCGGACGGAUCGAUUGAUUUCAACGCGUACGAACGAGGAGGAGGAGGAGGAGGAGGGCACGAGAGGACGACGAGAGAUUACGCGAGAGCGUUGGCGGAGAGCGAAGGAAACCAAGACGUUUCGGUUUUGUUGGAAGAUCCAAGCUCGAGUGCAUCGCCUCAAUCUUCUUCUCGAAACUUUGUGGAGUUGCAAAGUUAUUCGACCGGUUUGUUCGAUUGCGCUUUGGACCCGCUGAACUUUCUCAAGAACUUCUUGUGCGUUCCUUGGGGCGUCGGCGAAUACGCCAGAGAUACCGCGCAAGGCGAGUGUUUUCCGACCGCGUUGAGCAUAUCCAUGGGAAAUUUGUUGCUGAAUAACUUAUGUUUCCCGAUGGGAUGCUUCGCCACCGGUUCGUGCAUCCACAGCUCCAACGCGGUGGCAGAGCAUCGACUCGGGAUAUUCGAUAAAACCGACUUAGCGACGGCGUUAUGUUGCGCCCCGUGCGUGGUCUCCCGCAUGCAAAGAGAAAUCAGCGCGCGAAAAGCGCUCGGAGUGAUGCCGAGCAGAGAGGAGCUCAUGCUAAGAUUUCCAAACAACGAGUUCGACGAUUGGGACGGCGGCGGUCUUUCAUACCACCACGGUGGAAGCGCUCGAGGAGGAAACCACCAUCUGAAUCGAAGCGACUUUAUCCCUCCCAGACGCGUCGUCCGCAUGGUACAUCGGAGAGGGAACAUGGUUGGUCGAAUGUAA